GCAGUCAAUACGCCGUCGUACGCUCUCCAUCGCCAACCUCCCAUCGUCGUCUCUCUCGCGAAGACAGAAACAGAGAGAGAGAGAGAGAGCCUCUGGCAGGAUCGAAGGAAGCCACUGAAGUAAUAAAAUCUAAAAAUGGCUAUGAAAUCCGUGUUCGAUUCUUCUCAACUUAGAGCUGAAUUCGAACAAGUUGGUGUCAGUACUCGCUUCAUCCCUAUCAUCUGGAAGCAUGUAAUGCAGAACCCUAAUUGUCAAUGGGAUGAAAUUCCGUCUUUGCCUUCAGGGGCGUACCAUUUGCUUCGCUCCAAGUUUGUUCCUUUACUCUCCACCCUUGACUCCGCCGUUGAAUCAAGUGACGGUGUUACCACCAAGCUCCUCAUCAAGCUGCAGAAUGGGUCAUUUGUGGAGGCUGUAAUCAUGAGAUACGACUCGCGCCUGGGAAUAUAUAAUGGAAAGCCUCGUUCCGGUGGACCAAGAUCAACUUUGUGCAUAUCUUCUCAGGUUGGAUGCAAAAUGGGCUGCAAAUUUUGUGCAACAGGAAGCAUGGGAUUCAAAAACAAUCUUUCAUCUGGUGAAAUUGUUGAGCAGUUGGUCCACGCUUCUCUUUUUUCUACCAUACGCAAUGUUGUUUUCAUGGGAAUGGGAGAACCCUUAAACAAUUACUCUUCCCUCUUGGAGGCUAUUCAUAUUAUGACGUCGUCUCCAUUCCAUUUAUCUCCAAGGAAAAUUACUGUCUCAACGGUUGGUAUCAUCCAUGCCAUUAAUAAGCUCCAUGCCGAUCUUCCAAAUGUAAACCUUGCCGUGUCUCUGCAUGCACCAGUUCAGGAUCUCCGCUGUCAGAUAAUGCCUGCUGCCAGAGCCUUUCCUUUGGAAAAAUUGAUGGAUGCAUUGCUUGUGUAUCAAAAGGAAAGCCAGCAAAAAAUAUUUAUCGAGUACAUAAUGCUUGAUGGAGUAAAUGAUGAGGAGCAGCAUGCCCACCAGCUUGGUAAAUUGCUGGAGACAUUUCUAACGGUUGUGAACUUGAUACCUUUUAAUCCUAUUGGUUCCCUGAGUGCGUUUCAAACAAGUAAUGAUGAGAAAGUGACCAGAUUUCAGAAAAUUUUGAGGGAUACCUAUGGAAUUCGAACAACAGUUCGCAAGCAAAUGGGACAAGACAUAAGUGGUGCCUGUGGUCAGUUAGUAGUUAAUUUGCCAAACAGGCAGUCUUUGGCACACAAAGAUGUUUUAGCAGACAUUGAAGAUCUUCGGAUCUAAAAGUUUUAGAUCCCCCAUUACAGGACAACAUUUGAAGUUCCUCUUGUUGGAUUGGAUGAGAGAACAUGAAUUCUUUGGAGUUCUGUCACGUUUCGAUCCAGCCUUGGCUUCCCGGGGGGUUGUAAUGUACUGUAGAUGCUGCUGCUACAUUUGUGAUUUGUGUGUGUUAUGUAUCCCAUGUCUCCAACUGAUUGCUUACAUUGAUCCAAUAUGUGAUAAAUGAAAAUGGUUUGGUUGA